AUGAAUAAUAAAUCAAUUUUUGCCAUAGUAUGUUUGGCAUUGUGUAUUCAAUAUUCCUAUUCAUUCAUGUUUGAAGUCAGACCUGCCGAUGAAAAAUGUUUGACUGACGAAUACAGAAGAGAUACACUUGUCAAGGGUUCCUUUGAAAUCUCUGACAAACUCUCAAAGAAUCUCGCUUAUCCAACUGAAUUGGUUGCUCAAAGCAUGCAAAUGAAGUUCUACAUUCGUGAUUCACACAACUCAAUUGUAUUCAGCAAUCAAGAUGCCAAAUCAGGAAAGUUCGCCUUCACUGCUCACGAAGCUGGUGAAUAUUUAUAUUGUUUCUUGGACUCAUACAGACCACAUGCCACAAUUAUGCCAUUAAGUAGAACUGUCAGUUUGGAAAUCAAGACUGGUGCAGAUGCCAAUGACUAUCAAGAUUUAAUUACAAAGGGAACUUUGAAACCAUCCGAAGUAGAAUUGAAGAAGAUUGAAGCCGCUGUCGAUCAAAUUAAAGAAGAGAUCGUCUACAUGAAGGGUAGAGAGGAAACCAUGAGAAACACUAACGAAUCCACCAAUGCUAGAGUUGCUUGGUUGGCUGUAUUCACCAUCUUUGUAUUGUUUGGAACUGCCAUCUUCCAAAUCACCUAUUUGAAGAGAUACUUCAAGCAAAGAAAGUUAAUCUAA